AUGGAUCUGCAGAAGGAAGAUGUCCCUGAAAGCACUUUCAUCUUGGCCGACCGCACGGACGCCGGCUUUCUCUUCCAAACAGAUGUGGUUUGGAGUCCCUACCCUGCGCAUCAGAUGAAUUGGAGUGGCCUUUGUGACAUGCUAUCGGAGCAGCAGCUGUCACAACCGCUGGGUUUUGACCAACGAGCUGGGCUGCAGGGAAUGUUCAGACGGGGGGCCCGGAUAUUCCAUGCGCUUCCGAUGGCCGGACUCAUGUGCAAGAGGACAGCAGCGAUUCUAAAGCUGCUGACGAGAAAGAAAAAGGCCCAAUAUCUGCGACUACCGAUGACAAGCCAAAGUUCCAGAUGUCAGCGUCUGCUAAAGCCUUCAAUCCCAACCAGCGAAGCAUCGAAGAGAAAAUCAGAAGCGCCGUUGAAGCUGCGCACCAGCGCCAAGCGGCAGCACAGCCACGAGGCCACGACCGGUGGGUAA